AUGAUGGUUUUAACUACAAACCAGGUAUGGUGGACUUGGGAACUCGAAGAUGUGUUCAGAAAAAUCUCGCGUGGUCAAAAGACAGCACUCAAGGAGUAUGCAAGCUUGCUGCAGAACCAGUUGGAUGAUGUCGUGGUACGUAUAAGGGCGCCACUUAGCAAGAAUAACAGGGCCAAGUUGACAACGGUGCUGAUAAUUGACGUACAUGCGCGUGAUAUCGUCGAUACUUUUGUGCGCGACAGCGUUCUUUCAGCCAGAGAGUUUGAAUGGGAGGCUCAGAUGCGAUUCUACUGGAUUCGUCAGUCCGACGGUAUCCUCGCGAUUGCUGGCAGUGGUCCUGUACUUGGCCUCAGUAUGGUUCCCAAUUCUAGUAUUGGAAGUGUAGAUGCUGAGGAAAGUGACAACCUUGUGGUGCGUCAAUGCACAGGAAAUUUUCUGUAUGGCUAUGAAUACAUGGGACUCAACGGCCGCCUGGUAAUCACCCCACUUACUGAUCGUAUCUACCUGACCCUAACUCAGGCACUUUCCAUGCAUCUUGGAGGCGCACCAGCAGGCCCUGCGGGCACCGGGAAGACAGAGACCAUUAAAGACCUGGCCAAGGCCCUGGGAAUCCUCUGUCUUGUGACCAAUUGCGGUGAGGGUAUGGAUGCUAUGGCGAUUGCCAAAAUCUUCUCCGGCCUUUGUCAAACUGGCGCCUGGGGCUGCUUCGAUGAGUUUAAUCGAAUUGAGGCGCCAGUGCUGUCUGUGAUCUCAACACAAAUCAGGACUAUCCAGACUGCUCUAGCAGCUUGUGUUCGUAGGUUUCAGUUUGAGACAUCUGAAAUUCGCCUAAAUCGACGCGUUGGCAUCUUCAUAACCAUGAAUCCGGGUUAUGCCGGGCGCACGGAAUUACCAGAGUCAGUAAAGGCGCUGUUCCGACCCGUCGUAGUGAUUGUGCCUGAUCUCCAGCAAAUAUGUGAAAUUAUGCUUUUCUCACAGGUGGGCUGGCAGUUUUUUACUCUUUUGCCCUAUUGA